GUCGUUUGAAAAAUUAUAGUUGUUCGCCAUUAUGUCCAACGAAUAGGAAAAAUCGUCGCAUGGAUUAUCCGUGCUUGUAUAAUCAUGUUUUCCGGCCUGCACCGUUUACGUAAUGUAUUUUUCAGCAGCUUGUCAUUAUACAGAUCGCAUGUUCGUCGAGUGUCCACCUUUAUAAAAGAAACGCCAUGAACUCGGCUUCUGUUAGUAUAUUGAAAUGUGGCUUGUUCAUUAUUUGCUCUACGGAGUUUUGUUUGUUUUGAUACGUGGAGAACAGGAUGUGCAGUUGGAGAUUCCUCAGGGUAUACUGAAAGGAUUGAAGACGGAGAGUAUACUGCAUAAUAAGCCUUACUAUAGCUUCAAAGGCAUUCCUUACGCGAAACCCAAUGUUGGUCCUCACAAGUUCCGAACCCCAGAACCCGCCGAUUCUUGGGACGGCGUGUACGACGCAACCCAGCACCGUUCCGUAUGUCCCUUUUACUGCAUGAUCAAAAAGGGUCUCAUCGGUGAUGAGGAUUGUCUGUACUUGAACGUCUACACACCGGUUUUGGAUAAGGAAGCCGGCAAAGCUGUGAUGGUAUUCCUUCAUCCUGGUGGAUGGAAUGCUGGCAUGGCUGAUGACAUGUUAUUUGGUCCAGAUUUCUUGGUCGAGCACGACGUAGUUGUGGUCACCCUCAAUUACAGAUUGGGCGCUCUUGGAUACCUGAACACGCAAGACAAAAAUGCUCCUGGAAACGCAGGAAUGAAGGAUCAAGUAUUAGCCUUGAAAUGGGUGAAGGACAAUAUACACUUCUUCGGUGGUUGCCCUAACAGAGUCACCCUGGUUGGUCACUGUUCUGGAGGAGCUUCCGUUAUGUAUCAUAUGUUAUCACCUAUGUCCGAAGGAUUGUUCACCGCAGCUAUUGUACAAAGUGGAAACAUACUUAACCCAUGGGCAAUAACGUACAACUCUAGGGAACUGGCUUUCAAGUUGGGAGAGUCUCUUGGAAUACACACGACAGAUAGUGCGGAGUUGGUGCAGAAGUUGACGGAAUUUCAUGUGAAAGAUAUCGUUGAUGCCACGAUAGAAUUGGAUAAAACUCUGAAUCCUCUGAAUGGCCGCCUGAUAUCUUUCGUCCCAUCGGUCGAAGCAGACAUGGGACAGGAUAUAUUUCUUCCAAAUGAUCCCUGGACAAUGAUAAAAUCUGGAAGACUGGCGAAUGUGCCUUUCCUGACUGGGCUCACCAAAGAUGAAGGCAUAUUCUUCGCUCAGGGCAUGCUAGAUUCUAUCGAAUUACUAAACACUGAACCAGACAUAUUCCUUCCUGACGAUUUGAACUUCACCGAUACGACUUGGAAGAAGAAAAAUGGCGAGUGUUUGAGAAAUCACUAUUUCGGUGAAAAGCAAAUAUCGAAGGACGAUCUUAAAGAAUACGCCACGAUGAUAGGAGACAUUUACGUCAAGGCAGGAGAGGUGUUAUCGCUUGAAAUUAUAAAGAAUCGAAAUUCAGCUCCAGUUUUCGAAUAUUUGUAUACUUAUGAGGCUCCAACCGGUUUUAUGAAGAACCUCCACGGUGUUACCGAUGGUGCUGCACACGGUGAUGAAUUGUAUUACAUAUUUUACUCUCACGCAUUCAAGAAUUUGCCAGAACCCGGCUCUCCUGCGGAGAAGAUGACGAAUAUGAUCACUAAAAUGUGGACGAACUUUGCCAAAGAUGGAUAUCCCUCAUCGAAGAUGGACAACGACGUCACAGUGAAGUGGGAACCAGUGGGAAGUGACGGUCAUUACUUAGUUAUUGAUCAAGAAUUAAAGUUGGAGAAAGAUUUGGAAAAAGACGUAUUUGAUUUCUGGAAGGGAAAGUACAAGGAUGUCAUGCCAUAAUCUUAUACAAUACAAAUAAUAUCCUACCAACAUAUUGAAUAUAACUAGAAAAUAAAUGUCAUUAUAAUCAUAUUGUGUUAUAAAAGUGUACACUUCUCA